CUGGUUGUGACUGUGUGGCGUAAAUCCCAAUCGUAUUUUAUCUUUGAUCAGGGGGUGUGCACACAAUCCGCAGGAGAGGCGGGAAUAGCAAACCGGUCUACUUGGUUCGGUUGAGAAGGCGUCUGGCGGUGGGGGUGUAUAUUUGGUGCAGAAACGGCGAGAAGGGAACAGAGGCAGGAUUUUUACAAUAACUAGAAUACAGUCGAAUUGAGUGGGUUAACGAGUUAUUUGUUUUUCGUUUCUGAAGCUUUUUCACUGUACCAGGUGACCUGUCCUGCUCUGGUAUCGGAGAUGGCGCAGCGGAGCGGGCCGGAGGACCCGGAGCGGUACCUCUUCGUGGACCGGGCGGUCGUGUACAACCCGGCCACGCAGGCCGACUGGACGGCCAAGAAGCUGGUGUGGAUCCCGUCGGAGCGGCACGGGUUCGAGGCGGCCAGCGUCCGCGAGGAGCGGGGCGACGAGGUGCUGGUGGAGCUGGCCGAGAACGGCAAGAAGGCCACGGUCAACAAGGACGACGUGCAGAAGAUGAACCCGCCCAAGUUCAGCAAGGUGGAGGACAUGGCCGAGCUCACCUGCCUGAACGAGGCCUCGGUCCUGCACAACCUGAAGGACCGCUACUACUCCGGCCUCAUCUACACAUACUCUGGGCUCUUCUGCGUGGUCAUAAACCCCUACAAAAACCUGCCCAUCUACUCAGAGAAUAUCAUUGAAAUGUACAGGGGCAAGAAACGCCACGAGAUGCCGCCCCACAUCUACGCCAUCUCAGAGUCGGCCUACAGAUGCAUGCUGCAGGAUCGGGAGGACCAAUCAAUUCUUUGCACAGGCGAGUCGGGCGCGGGGAAGACGGAGAACACUAAGAAGGUCAUUCAGUACCUGGCGCACGUCGCUUCCUCCCACAAAGGAAGGAAAGACCACAACAUUCCUCCUGACUCGCCUAAACCAGUGAAACUACAGGGCGAGCUGGAACGUCAGCUCCUGCAAGCCAACCCCAUCCUCGAGUCCUUCGGAAACGCCAAGACGGUGAAGAACGACAACUCCUCGCGAUUCGGCAAGUUCAUCCGGAUCAACUUCGAUGUCACCGGUUACAUCGUCGGGGCCAAUAUAGAGACCUAUCUACUGGAGAAAUCCCGAGCCAUUCGCCAGGCCAAAGAUGAGAGGACCUUCCACAUCUUCUACCAGCUGCUGGCAGGGGCCGGAGAGCACCUCAAAUCCGAUCUUCUGGUAAGAUGCUGCCUCCUGUACAGAACUGUGAGCUCUGUGGAGCCGGUGUCACACCGUGUCCAGCAGGCUCUUUACCGGCUGAAUGUCCCUGUGUUUGCAGCCAUGCUGAAGGUGGUGUCGUCAGUGCUGCAGUUUGGGAACAUCGUGUUCAAGAAGGAGAGGAACACCGACCAGGCCUCCAUGCCUGAGAACACAGCCGCCCAGAAGCUGUGCCACCUGCUGGGCUUGAACGUGAUGGAGUUCACCCGCGCCAUCCUCUCCCCGCGAAUCAAGGUCGGCAGGGACUACGUCCAGAAAGCGCAGACCAAAGAGCAGGCGGACUUCGCCGUGGAGGCCCUGGCCAAGGCCACCUACGAGAGGCUGUUUCGCUGGCUGGUCCACCGCAUCAACAAGGCGCUGGACAGGACCAAGCGCCAGGGCGCCUCCUUCAUCGGCAUCCUGGACAUCGCCGGUUUCGAGAUCUUCCAGCUGAACUCCUUUGAGCAGCUGUGCAUCAACUACACCAACGAGAAGCUGCAGCAGCUGUUCAACCACACCAUGUUCAUCCUGGAGCAGGAGGAGUACCAGAGGGAGGGCAUUGAGUGGAGCUUCAUCGACUUCGGCCUGGACCUGCAGCCCUGCAUCGACCUCAUCGAGAGGCCGGCGAACCCCCCUGGCGUGCUGGCCCUGCUGGACGAGGAGUGCUGGUUCCCCAAGGCCACGGAUAAGACCUUCGUGGAGAAGCUGGUGCAGGAGCAGGGCACCCACCCCAAGUUCCAGAAACCCAGGCAGCUGAAGGACAAGGCCGACUUCUGCAUCAUCCACUACGCCGGCAGGGUGGACUACAAGGCCGACGAGUGGCUGAUGAAGAACAUGGACCCCCUGAACGACAACGUGGCCACGCUGCUCCAUCAGUCCACCGACAAGUUCGUGGCGGAGCUGUGGAAGGACGUGGACCGCAUCGUGGGCCUGGACCAGGUGGCCGGGAUGAACGAGACCGCCUUCGGGGCGACCUACAAGACCAAGAAGGGCAUGUUCCGCACGGUGGGGCAGCUGUACAAGGAGUCCCUCACCAAGCUGAUGGCCACCCUGAGGAACACCAACCCCAACUUCGUCCGCUGCAUCAUCCCCAACCACGAGAAGAGGGCGGGUAAGCUGGACCCCCACCUGGUCCUGGACCAGCUGAGGUGCAACGGUGUUCUGGAGGGGAUCCGCAUCUGCAGACAGGGCUUCCCCAACCGCAUCGUCUUCCAGGAGUUCAGACAGAGGUAUGAGAUCCUCACCCCCAACGCCAUCCCCAAGGGCUUCAUGGAUGGCAAGCAGGCCUGUGAGAGGAUGAUCCGAGCCCUGGAGCUGGACCCGAACCUGUUCCGGAUCGGUCAGAGCAAGAUCUUCUUCCGGGCCGGGGUCCUGGCCCACCUGGAGGAGGAGCGGGACCUGAAGAUCACCGACAUCAUCAUCUACUUCCAGUCCGUGUGCCGCGGCUACCUGGCGCGCAAAGCCUUCGCUAAGAAGCAGCAGCAGCUCAGCGCUCUGAAGGUGCUGCAGAGGAACUGCGCAGCCUACCUGAAACUGCGCCACUGGCAGUGGUGGAGACUCUUCACCAAGGUGAAGCCGCUGCUCCAGGUGACCCGGCAGGAGGAGGAGAUGCAGGCCAAGGAUGAGGAGCUGAUCAGGGUGAAGGAGAAGCAGAGCAAGGUGGAGGGAGAGCUGGUGGAGAUGGAGAGGAAGCACCAGCAGCUGACGGAGGAGAAGAACAUCCUGGCGGAGCAGCUGCAGGCGGAGACGGAGCUGUUCGCGGAGGCGGAGGAGAUGCGCGCCCGCCUGGCCGCCAAGAAGCAGGAGCUGGAGGAGAUCCUGCACGACCUGGAGUCCCGCGUGGAGGAGGAGGAGGAGCGGAACCAGAGCCUGCAGAACGAGAAGAAGAAGAUGCAGUCGCACAUCCAGGACCUGGAGGAGCAGCUGGAUGAGGAGGAAGCCGCCCGGCAGAAGCUGCAGCUGGAGAAGGUGACGGCUGAAGCCAAGAUCAAGAAGAUGGAGGAGGACAUCCUGCUCCUGGAGGACCAGAACUCCAAGUUCAUUAAGGAGAAGAAACUUCUGGAGGACCGAGUGGGCGAAAUCACCUCCCUGCUCGCCGAGGAGGAGGAGAAGGCCAAGAACCUGGGCAAGCUGAAGAACAAGCAGGAGAUGAUGAUGGUGGACCUGGAAGAGCGUCUGAAGAAGGAGGAGAAGACGAGGCAGGAGCUGGAGAAGGCCAAGAGGAAGCUGGACGCCGAGACCACGGACCUGCAGGACCAGAUCGCCGAGCUGCAGGCCCAGAUCGAGGAGCUCAAGGUCCAGCUGGCCAAGAAGGAGGAGGAGCUGCAGGCUGCACUGGCCAGGGGCGACGAGGAGGCGGCGCAGAAGAACAACGCGCUGAAGCAGGUGCGGGAGUUGCAGGCGCAGCUGGCCGAGCUGCAGGAGGACCUGGAGUCGGAGAAGGCCUCGCGCAACAAGGCCGAGAAGCUGAAGAGGGACCUGGGGGAGGAGCUGGAGGCGCUGAAGACCGAGCUGGAGGACACGCUGGACACCACCGCCGCCCAGCAGGAGCUCAGGACCAAGCGGGAGCAGGAGGUGGCGGAGCUGAAGAAGGCCAUCGACGAGGAGACCAAGAACCACGAGUCCCAGAUCCAGGAGAUGCGGCUGAGGCACUCCACUGCCCUGGAGGAGCUGUCCGAGCAGCUGGAGCAGGCCAAGAGGGGUCACAGGUGCGUAAGAGCUUGCAAGACUGCCUGGAGCUGCAGCACCCACAAGCUGCAGGCGGAGUUGGACAACGUGUCGGCCCUGCUGGAGGAGGCUGAGAAGAAGGGAAUCAAACUGGCCAAGGACGCCUCCAGCCUGGAGAGCCAGCUGCAGGACACCCAGGAGCUACUGCAGGAGGAGACGCGUCAGAAGCUGAACCUGAGCAGCCGCAUCCGACAGCUGGAGGAGGAGAAAAGCGGCCUGCAGGAGCAGCAGGAGGAGGAAGAGGAGACGCGCAGGAACCUGGAGAAGCAGCUGGCCAGCCUGCAGGCCCAGCUGGUUGAGACCAAGAAGAAGCUGGAGGAUGACGUGGGGGUGAUGGACGGUCUAGAGGAGGCGAAGAGGAAGCUGCAGAAGGACAUGGAAUGCACCUCCCAGAGGCUGGAGGAGAAGGCCAUGGCCUUCGACAAGAUGGAGAAGACCAAGAACCGGCUGCAGCAGGAGCUGGACGACCUGAUGGUGGACCUGGACCAUCAGCGGCAGAUCGUCUCCAACCUGGAGAAGAAGCAGAAGAAGUUUGACCAGAUGCUGGCGGAGGAGAAGAGCAUCUCGGCUCGCUACGCGGAGGAGCGGGACCGGGCGGAGGCGGAGGCGCGGGAGAAGGACACCAAGGCACUGUCCAUGGCCCGCGCCCUGGAGGAGGCUCUGGAGGCCAAGGAGGAGUUCGAGAGGCUCAACAAGCAGCUGCGCACCGAGAUGGAGGACCUCAUGAGCUCCAAGGACGACGUGGGGAAGAACGUGCACGAGCUGGAGAAGUCGAAGCGCACCCUGGAGCAGCAGGUGGAGGAGAUGCGCACGCAGCUGGAGGAGCUGGAGGACGAGCUGCAGGCCACGGAGGACGCCAAGCUGCGGCUGGAGGUCAACAUGCAGGCCAUGAAGGCGCAGUUCGACAGGGACCUGCUGGCCCGCGACGAGAUGGGAGAGGAGAAGAAGAGACAGCUGGUCAAGCAGGUGAGGGAGAUGGAGGCGGAGCUUGAGGACGAGCGCAAGCAGAGGGCGCUGGCCGUGGCCGCCAAGAAGAAGAUGGAGAUGGACCUCAAGGACCUGGAGGCCCAGAUCGAGGCGUCCAACAAGGCCCGCGACGAGGCCAUCAAGCAGCUGCGCAAACUCCAGGCCCAGAUGAAGGACUAUCAGAGGGAGCUGGAGGAAGCCCGCGCCUCUCGCGACGAGAUCUUCACCCAGUCCAAGGAGAACGAGAAGAAGCUGAAGAGCCUGGAGGCCGAGAUUCUGCAGCUGCAGGAGGACCUGGCGGCCUCAGAGAGGGGCCGGCGCCAUGCUGAGCAGGAGCGGGAUGAGCUGGCCGACGAAAUCUCCAACAGCGCCUCUGGGAAGUCCGCGCUUCUGGAUGAGAAGCGGAGGCUGGAGGCGCGGAUCGCCCAGCUGGAGGAGGAGCUGGAGGAGGAGCAGAGCAACAUGGAGCUGCUCAACGACCGCUUCCGCAAGACCACCAUGCAGGUGGACACCCUGAACACGGAGCUGGUGGGGGAGCGCAGCGCGGCCCAGAAGAGCGAGAACGCCCGGCAGCAGCUGGAGCGCCAGAACAAGGAGCUGAAGCUGAAGCUGCAGGAGCUGGAGGGCUCCGUCAAGUCCAAGUUCAAGGUCACCAUCGCCGCCCUGGAGGCCAAGAUCCUCCAGCUGGAGGAGCAGCUGGAGCAGGAGGCCAAGGAGAGAGCCGCUGCCAACAAGAUCGUGCGCCGCACGGAGAAGAAGCUGAAGGAGGUGUUCAUGCAGGUGGAGGAUGAGCGUCGCCAUGCCGACCAGUACAAGGAGCAGAUGGAGAAGGCCAACUCCAGGAUGAAGCAGCUGAAGAGGCAGCUGGAGGAGGCGGAGGAGGAGGCCACCCGCGCCAACGCCAACCGCAGGAAGCUGCAGCGCGAGCUGGAGGACGCCACCGAGGCCAGCGAGGGCCUGAGCCGGGAGGUGCACACGCUGAAGAACCGCCUCAGGCGCGGCGGGCCAAUCAGCUUCUCCUCCAGCCGCUCGGGCCGCCGGCAGCUGCAGGUGGAGGGCGCCUCGGUCGAGCUGUCGGACGACGACGCCGACAGCAAGGCCAGCGACGUCAACGAGACGCAGGCGUCGCCGGCCGAGUAGAGCGGCCCCCGGGACCCCCCCCCCCCCCCCCAAACACCCCCUUCCCCUCCCCCUCCCACCCCCCCCCCCCGCAUGCGACAAGCACCUCAGCUCCCCGACCCACCAGCCAGCACAGCACAUCCCUGCCUUACCCAGGGCUGAGCGAACACUCACCUGCACCUGCACCGCCUCCUAACGCAGCUCCAGCCUCCUGACAGCGCACUCUGCUUCUGCUUCAGAACAGAACACACAGGUACAAGUGCAUUUCACACACAGACCGCGCGCAUGUGCGUGCAUGUAUAUAUACACACGUGUGUGUGUGUGCGCACGCACACAAAACACAGAAUAAAAGGAGCGAUCGACUCCCCCACCCCCACACCUCCCCCCCCCUUAACACAUACACAGUGUAAAGCCAUCUCCUAGAUAAGUAUGCCUGAUACACCCUGUGCUCUCAGUGAACGACAGUCCCACUCCAGGCGGGUGACACACAGGUACAGCCGGCCCGUGGCUACCGCACGUGUCUGACGUGCAGACCAUUUAUCUUUCAUUAGCAACAGAGCAGGAAGGUUUGCAACAGGAAGAGUUGUGUGUUUGGACCUCUUCUGAAAUGGACUGGAAAAUUCAAACUGUGAAAAAAAGACAAUUUUUGCUAAAGCGUUUCUCAGCACAGGAAUAAAUGACUGAAAAGUAAACCGUAGGAUUCUUACAGAGGUGUCCUUUCUUUUCUUUCUUUUUUUCGACUAACACUUAUGUAUUCUGUCCAAGAAGGGACAGAUCAGCAUGCUUUGGAGUGGGGGUGGGGGCUGGGGUUGUGUUGCAAGCGCUUAAAAAGUCACACGGACAGUCCUGUGUGGAAAGAUGCGUACGAAACGCAGCAGACAUCGGAAGCACUAAGCGUGCCCCCCCCCCCGUACACCCAAAAAAAAGAGAGAUCUGGAGGUACGAGCCCCCCCCCCCACCCCCCCCUUUGUGCUCUGUGACAGUGUUUGAAAUGCAUCUCUGACAGAAAGGAUUUUUAACCGAUCUCACCCCCGCUGUCUAAAAGUAAGGGGGGGGGGGUCACCUUGCUGUGUCUGACGCGGUCUGUGAUGGGUAAAGGACCUUGAUCUGGUCACAUUAGUCUAUUAACCACUCCCCUGUAUGCUAAUGUAGCCCCUCCCCCUUUCUCAGACAGAGACUUUUCCCUGGUCUGCUUUUUGCUUCCUUUUCUUUUUUCUUUUUUUUUUUCCUUGAGGGGACUUGUCAUUCCCAAGUCCACUAAGAGGCCACUACAUGUCACAGUGUGGGCAUAGACAUGCCAGAAUCUGCAUAUCUAUCACUACUGUUCCUACACAUUUUAUUUGUGCAUUAAAGCUCAACUACAGAACAAAACUCUCAUUAUAUUCUGUUAGUUACACGUUUCUUUGAGAAGUGCCUUAGACACUACAUAAAGCAUUAGCGGGGUAAAAAAAAAAUGUUUACAUAUAUGUACUUAUUGGACAUAUACAUAUAUGUAUUACUGGUAUGUGCAAACCUAACAAGAUAAACACGAAACAAAUUUUUUUUCUUGUAUUUUGCUGUGCUUCAUUAUCAUACCUGAUGUACCUCUUCAGUUUUAGUGAUCAGAUAGUAUGUGGAUAUGAAUCAGUGUUAUUAACUGUAUGAAAUGUUGAGCCUUCUGUUCUCUCGGACAGGACGUUUUGUGAUUUCAUUUGGUUAAAAGCUUUAACAUUCAUGAGGUAGUUAUAUUAUCGGACUGGCUGUUGACAACCAGGCAUUCAACUACAAAUAUCUCCUAUUAUUUCUUGUAUACCUGUAUUUCUAGACAAUGAUUUUUGUAAAAGAAAAUAAAACAUAUUCAUUAUAGAAA